CCAACCCACAUCCCCAUCUACAUCCAUUUAGAAGAAUCCCAUCAUAUCAAAACCCUAAAAACCACAAAACUCAGAAACAGCCGCUGCAUCAUCGGAACCAAGUCGGAGUUGCAUCCAACUCAUCUUCCCGGAAAACGCCGCCAAACCUCGCCGCCGGCCACCACAAACUCUUACAGUUUUAUACAAUGGGAAAGAAAAAGACAGAUGAUGCAGGUCCAUCUACAAAGGCUAAAGCAAGUAGUAAAGAUGUUUCUAAGAAGGAAAAACUUUCUGUAUCUGCCUUUUUGGCAAGUGCGCAGGAAAAAUCUGAUAAACCUAAAAAAGCUUCUUCCUCGAAUAAGCCGAAGCCGAAACUUGCAGCUUCUACAUACACUGAUGGUAUUGAUCUUCCUCCCUCCUCUGAUGAUGAAUCCGAAGAGGAGUUAGAGCAAAAGCAUAGACCUGAUGUGAAACCACUUGAGGUGUCUAUUGCUGAAAAAGAGUUGAAAAAGCGUGAAAAGAAAGAUAUUUUAGCUGCCCAUCAGGCUGAACAGGCAAGGAAAGAAGCUCUUAGGGAUGAUCAUGAUGCUUUCACUGUUGUUAUUGGAAGUCGGGCUUCGGUGCUUGAUGGAGAUGAUGGUGCUGAUGCUAAUGUCAAAGAUAUUACGAUAGAAAAUUUUUCAGUGUCUGCUCGUGGUAAAGAACUUCUGAAGAAUGCAUCGGUGAAGAUAUCUCAUGGAAAGCGGUAUGGUUUAGUUGGGCCGAAUGGAAUGGGAAAGUCAACACUUUUGAAGCUUCUUGCUUGGAGGAAGAUACCCGUACCUAAGAAUAUUGAUGUCCUUCUGGUUGAGCAGGAGGUAGUUGGUGAUGAUAAAACAGCGCUUGAAGCCGUCGUUUCAGCUAAUGCUGAACUUGUUAAAGUUCGACAAGAAGUUGCUGAUCUACAAAAUGCAGCUUCUGGUGAAGGUGUGGAUAAAGAUGAUACUAAUGAGGAUGGGGAUGCCGACAAGCUAGCAGAGCUAUAUGACCAAUUACAACUGAUGGGGUCUGAUGCUGCUGAAUCCCAAGCGUCAAAGAUUUUAGCCGGUCUGGGUUUUACUAAGGAUAUGCAGGGUCGUCCUACAAAAUCCUUUAGUGGUGGCUGGAGGAUGAGAAUUUCUUUAGCUCGUGCACUUUUUGUACAGCCCACUUUAUUAUUGCUCGAUGAACCCACUAAUCAUCUUGACCUGAGGGCUGUUCUCUGGUUGGAAGAGUACUUGUGCCGUUGGAAGAAAACUUUGGUGGUUGUAUCACACGACAGAGAUUUCCUCAAUACUGUAUGCUCUGAAAUUAUUCACCUGCAUGAUUUCAAACUUCACUUCUAUCGUGGAAAUUUUGAUGCUUUUGAAAGUGGUUAUGAGCAGCGUCGUAGAGAGGUGAAUAAGAAGUAUGAGAUUUAUGACAAGCAAUUGAAAGCAGCUAAAAGGACUGGAAACAAGGCUAAUCAAGAUAAGGUUAAGGAUCGAGCCAAGUUUGCAGCUGCCAAGCAAGCAUCGAAAAGCAAAAGUAAGGGAAAGGUUGAUGAGGAUGAAACCCAGGUAGAGGCACCACACAAAUGGAGGGACUACAGUGUGGAGUUCCACUUUCCUGAACCUACUGAGCUCACACCUCCUCUUCUGCAGCUUAUUGAAGUGAGCUUCAGCUACCCAAACCGAGCGGAUUUCAGACUCUCAAAUGUUGAUGUUGGAAUUGAUAUGGGGACUCGUGUUGCCAUUGUUGGGCCUAAUGGAGCUGGAAAAUCUACACUGCUAAAUCUUUUAGCCGGUGAUUUAGAUCCAAGCGAAGGUGAAGGUGAAGUUCGAAGGAGUCAGAAGUUAAGGAUUGGGAGAUAUUCCCAACAUUUUGUGGACUUACUGACGAUGGAUGAAACACCUGUUCAGUACCUUCUUCGUCUCCACCCAGACCAGGAGGGACUUAGUAAGCAGGAAGCUGUCCGGGCAAAACUUGGUAAAUUUGGGCUACCUAGUCAUAACCAUCUUACACCCAUUGUCAAACUAUCAGGAGGGCAGAAAUCUCGAGUCGUUUUCACGUCGAUAUCCAUGUCAAGACCUCACAUUUUAUUGUUGGAUGAACCCACAAAUCAUCUGGAUAUGCAAAGUAUUGAUGCAUUGGCCGAUGCGCUCGAUGAAUUCACAGGUGGAGUUGUUCUUGUUAGUCACGAUUCUAGAUUGAUAUCACGUGUCUGUGAUGAUGAAGAAAAAAGUCAAAUAUGGGUUGUUGAGGAUGGCACUGUCAGAAGAUUCCCUGGAACAUUUGAUGAGUACAAAGAAGAUUUACUGAAGGAGAUUAAAGCUGAAGUUGAUGAUUGAGCUUCCUCUGAUACCAGAUUUUGUAUCUCUUCUCACUGCUCUUCAUCUUCAACUGUACAACUGAGUGUAAUUAUAUGUUCCGGGAAAUGCUGCGAAUGCUUUUUGUGAGACUUCAGUUUCAAAUUUUCCAAUAAUAUAUAGGAAUGUGUCAGUUCAACUUUUAUGACUAAAUAAACAUUUGUAUCAUUGCUAAAGUUGUUGUUGUUGAUCCAUUCAACAAAUCUGUUUCAUUAUGAUGUCUUUUGAUUCAAAAGUUUAAAGUUAUACUUCAACUCAAAAUAUUUGUAAUUUAUUUGUGACAUUAUCUGUGGUGUAUCCUUCCCUGACCUUUUCCUCUUUUGAAGCUAUUUAAGAAAUAUGAUUGGGGCUACUAUUAUUAUGUACUAGUUGUUGAAGGUGAACAUAAGGUUAUUAGUUAUAAAA